GAAAAGUCAAUCUGCGAACUAGGCAACGGCUGACAUAGAGCAAAGCACGCAGAACUGACCUGAACUAAACAUGUUAUCCAGAUCAGACAGCAUGGUCUUCACAUUACCGGCAAACUCUUUCUACCAGACGCAGACGCCGCAGUUUGAUUUCAGACCGAUCGUGGCGCGCAACACCGAGCCGGAGAUCUUCACCUUCGAGCGGAUCACGCAGCAGCAGCACCCGCUCCCUGGCCGCGGAGCUCCGGUGCGCCCUCGCAAGAGGAACACCAGGGUCAUGUACCCCUCAAAAGUGCGCAAAUAUCUGCCACCGCCCGAGAAGAGCCCUGCUAAACGCUGGCUGCUCAUCCUGUGCCUGGUGGUCUUAAUGCAGAUCUACACUGAGGAUGAAUCCGUGGAGACCACGCAGGGUGAAGCACCAGCCUUCACCGAUGCCACAUCAUACAACGUUCUUUCCUUCCAGUCCCCAGAGGAGCAAGCCAGAGAGAUGAUGGGGAACUGUCUGGAGGACUUCACCCAGACACCUCACAAGCAGCUCCAGGCCAGCAGCGACGAGAAGGAGGUCGAGAACUCUUGGUUUCUGAACACUACAUGCCCGAGCUCGCGCUGGGAAGAAGACAUGACAGCUCUCUACCAGCAAAGCCGGAGGAAUGGAUAUGUGGUGGCUCUUCUCUACCCGGUGUACCACACACUUGGCUCAGAGAACUGAACGAACUGAGAAAUAGACUGUGGAGGAACAAAAUCACGGCUUUGAACCUUCUUGGUUUAAAGGUGGAAGAGAACAAGGCUCCUGUGGUACCAAGAGGUGCUUGGAGAACCUCGAAAGAGCGGGCGAGGUGAUGAAGCUGAGGAGACAUUUGAUGGACUGACUUUGACUUUAUAAUGGAAUGAAACUUGAAUGGCUCAUUUAGAUUUAAUUGAAGUUCUCUUGAAUUGUAGACAUUUACAAGUAGACUAAACUCAGUGUGAGGAUGUGACAAUGAUCAUGUGUGUUGCAGAACGCUCACAGAAAUACUUGAAGCUCACCUUGAAGAUUUGAUGUGUUAAAUGAAGACAUGUUUGUUGUAGCUAUUAUUUAAUGGUAUUUAUUUAUUGUUAUUGACUUAUUUAUUUCUUAUUGCCUUGUGAAAAUAAAUGUGACAUUCACUUCUUAACUUCUUUUUAUAACUUUUUUAAUGUGUUCUCAUAAUGACAACAUUAUUAGUGCUUACAAUGAAUAUACAUCAACUUCUCAGUUACACGUCUAUGAUUCACACAUUUUUGGCUAACGUGUAAUUAAUAUGAAACACUUGCAUAUACCAUUUCUGACAUAUAUCGUACUUUACAUAUCUACAUUCAUGAACAUUUAUGCUUCUAAGAAUAUUUUAGUGAAUCUGACAGAAAUAGUAGAAUAGAAAUAGCCAACUCUUUGCAAUUGUGAAUUUUGAAUAUAUUGUUUGGGUACUAAAGUACUUGAUAUUCAUCAUGAUAUCAUGAUUUUUACACCAGUAAUGGCAUGAUUUAUGAGCAUUAUAUAUAUAUACAUAUAAAAAAACAUGUAUGAGGGGCUGUAAUGUUCAUCUUAUGAAUAAAGUAAAAAUUAC